ACUCAUUAUCUGCGGGACUGAACACUAUUUUGUUGACACUGGAUUCAACAUGGCAACGAAGGAAAGCAAGGGAAAAAAAUCUAAAGAAAAUGAUAAGAAAAGUGGGAAAAAAAGUGAAGAACCAUCCCUUACCGAAGAGAAAAAAGAUGAAACACAGUCCCUUGCAACCGAAGAAAAUACACCCUCUGAUCAGACGCCAGUCGUUGAAGCUCCAAUGGAAACUCCAAAAAUUCCCACUCCAGAACCUGUUUAUGAAGAACCUAUUUUACCCAAAUUGAUAAUAGAAUGCUUUGCAGGAGAGUUGGUGAAAGGACAGUACGAUGGUGAAAGUUUUGCUCAAUUUAAGGGAGGCCACACUUACAAGGGUCUGUUUUCAGAGGGAUUAAUGCAUGGUAAAGGUACAUAUACAUGGGCAGAUGGAGUUGUCUAUGAGGGUGAUUUUUGUCAUAAUGAGAUUACUGGUAAAGGAACUUAUACUUGGAGUGAUGGCAGUACGUAUGAAGGUGAUGUCGUUAAAGGUAAAAGACAUGGAAUAGGUAGAUAUAAAUGUAGCAGAAACAGACUAUCAUAUAUUGGACAAUGGGAUAAUGGCCAACGAAAUGGAAAGGGUCGUAUGGAUUACGAUAACGAGGGUAAAUCAUUCUAUGAUGGUGAUUGGAUGAAUAAUAUCAAACAUGGCUGGGGUUCACGUCAAUACCCAUCAGGUAAUACGUAUCAAGGGAUGUGGUUUAAUAACGUCCGACAUGGCGAGGGAACCAUGAAGUGGUUGGACAAAGAUCAGAUUUAUACGGGACAGUGGGAGAAUGGAAUUCAGCAUGGUAUGGGACAGCAUAUCUGGUUAUUGAGAAGAAGUCAUUCGUCCCAGUACCCACUGAGGAACUUAUAUGAUGGGGAGUUUGUCAAUGGUUUACGACAUGGUUACGGAUCAUUUAGAUAUGCUAAUGGAGCAUCAUAUGAAGGAUACUGGAAAAAUAACAUGAAACAUGGAAAGGGAAAAUUUACAUUUAAAAAUGGUCGUAUAUAUGAAGGUGUGUUUGAGAAAGAUCAUAUUGUAGAAUAUCCUGAUUUUAAUACUGAUGGUGCCAGUACUCCAGAUAUAACACAGAUACGAACACGAACUCCUCUCCCUUCAGAUAAUGCUAGUGUCCACAGUAAUGAAAGUCGUAAUACUAUAAGUCCUAGUUUCCAGCUAGAGAUUGAUGAAUUACUUAAUGAGUUCGUAGAAACAGAUCGAGAGGAUGAAGUUAAUCAAGUGAUGUAUGUUAUAUUAAGACACGUUACAAGUUUAAAGAAGAUUUAUACAUAUUAUAGUAACCUAGGUUACGAGGAUAAUCUAGAUAAUACUUAUAUCAUGAAUAAAAUGCAGUUCUGGAGAUUUUUAAAAGAUUGUCAACUUCACCAUAAGCAUCUAACAUUAAUGGAUAUGGACAGAUUACUUGGCUUGUGCUAUCACAAGGCUAAUUAUGAACUUCACAAUCCGUUUGAAAGAAUUCUCCAGAGACAGUUUAUUAAUUAUAUGAUAAUUCUAGCAUAUCAUCUUUAUCAUGAAGAAAUGGAUGUCGAGGGUCCUGUAUUGUCAUGGUGUAUGUCCAAACUUAUUACAGAAAACAUUCUUCCAAACGCUUGUAAUGUAGCAGGUAAAAUAUACAUAGAAACAAGAAGAGCUGUCAAUGCUUUAGUACAUUUAGAUCAAGCUUAUGAAGUUUAUCAAACAGUUUGUACAGCCAGAAAGCAUUUACCAAAAGAACCGGCAAUAAAGAUGAGACAGUUUUUAUUUAUGAUGAAGGAUUUGAAACUGAUUAACAGUGAUUUAGAUCCACAUGGUAUUAUAACAGUUUUAUCUAGUGAUGAUCCAGGUGUGGCCGAUACAGAAGGUUGUUAUAAUCUGGAACUCGAGCUGACAUUUUUAGAAUUUUUUGAAGCGUUAAUUGGGUGUGCUGAGAUAUAUGUAACAGAAGCUGUGGUGAAAGAUCCGGCUACGCCACGUCCUAGUACAGCGUUAACACACGAUCACAGCAUGUGUUCAAUAACAGGAGCUCCAUCUAGAUUAACCAGUCAGGGUUGUGUUGAUGAUGGAGCAGAUUCGGUUCAGCCAACACCACAACUUGAAACAUCAUCAGGAGUUGCCUCCCCUACUAGAGCUCAAUCUUCCGUUGCCACAACUAAAACGGGUGAAAUAUCCAAUAAAACACUGGAUGGCCAUCAACAAUCGUCUAACAAUAUACCUGUUGAUGGAACACAGAAUGUACCAAAUGUUCUUGAUACUUCUAAAGAUAUUCAGUUCAUGGCUGAUCAACAGAAAUCCGCUUCGUUUGUUAGUACCCAUACUACGGCUACAGAUGAUAAUCAACAGUUAAUGCAGAGUACCGUGUCAAUUGGUGGACAUACAGAAAUACCGAUUGAUGAUGUAGAUAGAGUGUCACCAGACGGCGACGAAGAAGAAGAAUUAGAUGAAGCAACGCGUCGUUUCAACUUCUGGACUCAUCAAAUUCAUAUUUUCUUUGUCAGAAAGUUUUUGCCGGCAGCAGAUCGUAUGGCCACCAUCAAGAAUGCUGUUGAUAGUAAAGUUUUAGAAGAAGCACGACAACGUUCGGCAGCUUCUUAUCACCAUUAAUGGCAACUAUUUUAAAACAGCCAUUCUGUUUGGGAUUCCAAGUUCAGACAGAGUAUAUUUCUAAAUAAUAAAGCUGGAUGUCUCUGUUUAUCAAAAUAUGUAAUUAUUUUCACAUCAGUCCAACUUUUGGGGAUUCAAAAUUCAAUGAAUACUUCGAAGAAAUUUGGUGUCCUCUGUUUAAUUAUUUUCAUCUUUGUGGGUCGAGUGGCCGAAGGGUUUUACGCGUGCGAGUAAGAUCUGUCAUUGAGUCAAGUGGAUUUGUAUCGAUUCUCCACUUGUACAUGACAAGGAGUAGGUUCACCUGUCCAACCUCGUGGGUUUUCUUCGGAAUCUCUGGUUUUCUCCCACAGCCGAGUUAUUGAAAUAAAAUUGAACCAUAUGUUAGUCCCGAAAUGACCUAGUUUGUGUCGGUGAAAGUUAAACCCAAUCUCUCUCUCUCUCUCUCUCUCCUUCCCUCUCUCUCUCCCUCUCUAUCCACCAAUAUAGUGUUGUAAAUCCUAUUUCAAAUCAGUCCCUUGUCCUACCUUGUGGGUUUUCUCUGGGUCCUCCAGUUUCCUCCCACUGCUAAAGACCCCUACGUGCAAGGUGUUGUAAAUCCUAUUUCAAAUCAGUCCCUUGUCCUACCUUGUGGGUUUUCUCCGGGUCCUCCAGUUUCCUCCCACUGCUAAAGACCCCUAUGCGCAAGCAAAUUAUUGAAAUAAAACAUUAAACCAUAUGUUAGUCCUGAAAUGACCUAGUUUGUGUCGAGUGGACCGUAAACCCCAUUUUUCUCUCUCUCUCUCUCUCUCUAUUUCAAAUCAACACAGGGACAUAUAUGGACAGUUAGGCCAUAACCAUUUGAACUUUUUAUUUUAGGCACACAUUUAUCCUUCUUUCUUGCUGGGUUGGGGGGAAUUAAAAGCAUUGUUUUGGAGUUAAAGUUGAAUUUCAAUCCCAAAACCUGAGGGCUUUUGACAGUGGGUGAAUUUAUGUGAACUCUUCUAAUAAUGGUUUUUAUUAACAACUGUCAAUUUGAGUUCGGUAUUGCACAAAAUUUUAAUUUAUUAUUUGACUAUUAGUGUGUGAAACAUUUCUUAAUCCACGGAAAUUAGUUAUUGGUCUUAGGAAUUGUUGAAAAUUUAAACAUUCACUACUAAAUGACAUUUUGUUUUGGGGUUUUGAAUAUCAUGAUUUUUAACCCUGGAUACUGUCAUAUUAACCUUUGAUUCUGCAGCCAGGAUAUCUAAAUGUAAACGAUUUUAAAGCAGAAAACAUAACUAAUAUUUUUAAGUUAGUUUAAGAUAAAGAAUAUUUGGUAUUUAUUAAAAUCUGUGAUAUUAUUAUUGUGGUGAUAUUUAUAUAUCUGAUCAUGUUAUCUAUAAAAAAAUAAAGUAUUAUUAGAUAUU